ACCCCCCGCAGCGACAGGGAGACGAGACAGACAGAGGAAGGAGACCGAAACGACCAAUGAACGGGGUGAAAAGCACCCCUGGUCACCGAAAAAGUAGAGAGUAGGAAAACCAGGGGGCUUAGCCCCGGGAAGGACAUAAAAAGAGCCGGAGCGCGAACGCGGGCUAUCAGUGGCCUACCGAUCGUGCCCUUCGAGAGAUCAACCGAGUGACAGUCGACGCGAACCGACGCGAGUGCAACCAUCGCCAUGAACCGACAAUUCGCGAGAAACACAGAGAACGAAAGAACGUAUCUAGUCGCGAUAGUUCCCCAAGAUUUCCCGAAAGUACUGAUGAAAUUCGCGGAAACCGAAGAGUUCGGCGAUGCACUGAGUGAGUGCGUGCUGAGAUACACCGAGGAAGCGAGGAAACAGAAAUCUCUAAACUACACGAGACCCAGCUUCCUCAACUUCCAUCAAAAGAACGGAGGGAUCCUAUUGACAUGUGAGACGGAAGAAACAGUCAGGUGGAUCAAGGUCGCGAUCAAACACGUGAGAAUGAGAAACGGACGAGAGUUGAAGGUCGAGGAACGACAGGCGCUGGACAAUAGGUUUUUGGCCGAGGGCAGAUGCACGCACUCGCGAUACAACGGUAGGAACAUAUUAGAGACGAUAAUGAAAUACAAUCGCGGACUAGACACGUCGAGAUGGAUAGUCACGAGAGAGAAACAGACGAGGACGGGACUUAUCAUCACGAUCGAACUGGAGGGCAGAUCGGUAGGCACACUGAGAAAAUUAAGAAACAAGAUCCCCCUGGAUCAGAGCCGGGUGCAUAGAUUUAACGUGAUAUCGGUCACUCCGUCGAUGAGAGACAUAAACCAGGAGAGGAACGAAGGACUGACGUUGGACGUCACGGACGAUGAUUUCGGACCGCUGCUCGGCGGCGAAGGCGGAUACUCGCCCGAGUCGCCGACGUCGGAAUACUCGCAAUGCGACAGAUCCACGAGCACGUCGUUCGAUACGGACGGCGACGAAUUCAUUCUAUCGGCGGAGCUUGACCGCUUCACGAACAUGGACAUUGACGUAGAACCGGAAAAGCACGAGCCGACGGCAAGGGGCACGCUCCAGCAAAAACCGAUGCUCCGUCUGAAAAGACAAAAGAAAGAACCCCGCUGAAAACGGCGACAGCGCGAC